CAGCGCCCGCGGCGGCACUCCGCGUGACGUCACGCCGGGAGGAGGCGCCGAUUGGUCGGCGUGGCCUGGCGCCAAUACGUGUCCGCCCGCGAUUGGCCGAUGGCGGAGCCGCGGCGGCAGCGCGCGCGGCGGUACCGUUUCGAGGAGGGUCCGGAGGCGCUGGUCGUGCGCGUGCCCGAGGUGCUGGACUCGCAGUACGGCAUGUACGUGUGGCCCUGCGCCGUGGUCCUGGCCCAAUACCUGUGGGCGCACAGGCGGAGCCUGCCCGGCAAACGAGUGCUGGAGAUCGGUGCCGGUGUGAGUCUCCCCGGCGUGGUGGCCGCCAGGUGCGGUGCCCAGGUGAUCCUGUCGGACAGCGAGGAGCUGCCCCACUGCCUGCAGCGGUGCCGCAGCAGCUGCCUCAUGAACCGCCUGCCCCACGUACCCGUCCUCGGCCUCACCUGGGGCCGCGUGUCAUCUGAGCUGCUCUCUCUUGCUCCCAUAGACAUUAUCUUAGGCUCAGAUGUCUUUUUUGACCCCAAAGACUUUGAAGAUAUUUUAACUACAAUUUACUUCUUGCUGGAGAAGAACCCACACGCUCAAUUCUGGACAACUUACCAAGUCCGAAGCGCUGACUGGUCUAUCGAGGCUCUGCUCUACAGAUGGAACCUGAAGAGCAUCUCUGUUCCCUUGCAUUCCUUUGGUGCAGACAAAGAGCACUUGGCCAGCUCCUCUCUGCCAGGAAGACACACAAUUGAAAUGAUGAUCAUCUCACUAGCACAGUCAGAGGGCACUUCUGUUUAUUCCACUUUAGAUUGCAGUACAAGGUGAUAGUCAGCUGUUCACUGUAGCACAGAGCUGCAGAGAACAGUCCUGGUUACAGCAAACCUCAUGGAUAUUUUGGGGAAACAGCAAUUCUUAAAACAUGCACUGUAAAAAUAAAGCUGUUUGGUUUUCCA